CGCCUCUCCCUAACAGGUGGGCGUUCCACGGGGGCGGGGUUUAGGCAUUCCAACAUUCGAAGUAGGCGGGGCCGAGCCCCAGGCGCUGACGUCCCCCAGGUGAGCCUCAAGUUUCAGUGAAACCUAGCUGCUACUUAUUAGAAGGGUGGAUUUGGCCUUGGCCGGGACUUUGCACUGGAUUGUGUCUUCAGGGUUUUAGGAGUGGUGGUCCAAGGAAGAACAGGAGCGGGUCAGUUCGGAGUCGCUGCGGCUCCGGUGGUUGUAGCAGCGGCUGUCCCAGUCUGGGACUGGUCCCUGGGCUGCCCCGGGAAGAUGCACGCCUGGGGUCCGGCGUGGUUGCUGGUGUGCGCAGCCCUCCUAGCCGCUGCAGUCGCCUCUUCUUCCUCCUCCUCUAGCGUCUUGUCUCCAGGAACCAACAAAACCAAAGGAAGAAGUCUUAUUGGUCACAAGAUCCCCUCAACGAAUAUCUCAUCCAGUGGGAAUGGAGGAGCUUCGACAGAGCCAGGAUUCUAUGUGGAUCCGUUUUCUGCCGAGAUUCUUACUGGAGGGCUGACUACCGUCUUCCUUCCAAUCGUCUAUACAAUUGUAUUUGUGGUUGGCUUGCCGAGCAAUGGCAUGGCUCUGUGGGUCUUCCUCUUCCGAACACAAAAGAAACACCCUGCUGUGAUUUACAUGGCCAAUUUAGCCUUGGCAGAUCUGUUAUCAGUAAUCUGGUUUCCCUUGAAGAUCGCCUAUCAUUUGAAUGGUAACAACUGGAUUUAUGGGGAAACUUUGUGCAAGGUGUUGAUUGGUUUUUUCUAUGGCAACAUGUACUGUUCCAUUCUCUUCAUGACUUGCCUCAGUGUGCAGCGAUACUGGGUGAUCAUGAAUCCCAUUGUGCGCUCCAGGAAGUUGUCUAACAUUGCCAUAGGGGUUUCCAUUGGAAUAUGGCUGCUGAUCCUGCUGGUGACUAUUCCCUUGUAUGUUGUGAGGCAGACCGUCUAUAUUCCGGACCUUAACAUCACAACGUGCCAUGACGUUUUGCCUGCAGAUGUUCUGGCUGGAGAUAUGUUCAAUUAUUUCCUCUCUCUGGCCAUUGGUGUCUUCCUGUUCCCAGCUUGUCUCACGGCCUCUGUCUACAUCCUAAUGAUCCGGACGCUCCGUUCUUCUGCUAUGGAUGAUUCUGAAAGAAAGAGGAGGAGAGCUAUCAAACUCAUCAUCACGGUGCUGGCCAUGUACCUGAUCUGUUUCACACCUAGUAAUACUUUGCUCGUGGUGCACUAUUUCCUGAUUAGAAACAGAAGCCAGAGCCAUGUCUAUGCUCUGUACAUAGCAGCUCUCUGUCUCUCUACCCUUAACAGUUGUAUUGACCCCUUUGUCUAUUACUUUAUUUCUCAAGAUUUUAGGGAUCAUGCCAAGAACACUCUUCUUUGUCGAAGUGUUCGGACUGUGAAUAGAAUGCAAGUGUCUCUCACUUCCAAGAAAUUAUCUCGGAAAUCCAGCUCCUACUCAUCUAGUUCAACCAGUGUUAAGGCCUCUUACUGAUACACCUUUCAUAUCAUCAGAAAGAAAUAGCAUUGUAGGACUUAGAGCCUACUAUACAUUUCAGAAGUUUCUUUCCAUCAUGUCCUAUGAUCAGUGGGGACCACACUGCAGCUCAGAUGGAGCUCCACGCCCAGUGUUUUUUAAGUGUUCCCAUGUAAAGCAAGUAUUCAAUUCAAAUGGACACUUCACGGUAUGGUAGAACAGCUGGAGUCAGAAGACCUGGAUUGGAAUCUAAGUCCUGCCACUGAAUAGGUGUGAUUUUAGUCAAGUCAUUUAAGCCUCUCCUGGGCCCUAGUCCCCUCUUUUAUAAAAGGAGACCAUUGGACUAGAUGGCCUUUAGGGACUCUUCCGGCUACAAAUCUGUGGCUCUGUAGUUUCCCUUUGUACUCUUCCUUUGCUCAGCCUUCAGGUGUAACUGAACUAACAGCGAUUCUGAGGGAGAGAAAAAAGGACUAAAAAAUGUAUGCCUAGAUGUCGUCGAUUUAGAGACAGUGGAUGCCGCAAGUAACUGCUAAGUUACCUAAGGAUACAUUUCUUUGCUUCUGAAUGUUGAUUAUGGAAUUUUAGAGCUGGAAGUUACUUGUCAAUUGACUUGCCUAAAAUGUUACCUUAGAAUAUUAGAGCUAGGAGGAAUCUUAGGGCUCACCUUGUCCAGACCCUUCAUUUCAUAGAUGUCAAAAAUGGGGCCUGGAGAAGGGAAUCGAUUUCACAAAGUCACCCAACCAGUCAGAGGCAGAGUUAGGACUCCGAUUUCCUGGUUCCUAAUCCAGGGUAUGUUUUGAAUGAUGGCAUAAGGACCUGGCUUAAAAUCCUUCCUCCAGCCCUUUCUCCCUGAGGAACCCCAGGCAAGUCAUUUCAUUUCUCUAGGCCUCAGUUUUCUCACCUGUAAAAUGAUGGGGUUGUACUAGGUAUUCUACUUCUAAAUCUAUGCUCUGUGACCAGGAGACCACUGGUAAAUGUUGAACAAAUGACUCACUGAAACCACGUGACACACUUUGAAGUUUAAUGGGUAUUAUUGACAUUUUCUCAAUAAGUUUCUGAAGUCUGGAUAAUCAACAAAACAGUAAAUCAAGCCCUAAUCUGUAGUGUUUGCCAAUCUCGAGAUGUCAAUGCUCUCAUGAGCUGAUACACACUGGCCCAAGCACAUCUCUGUUUAUAAUUUCCAUGUGUCUCUUUUUAUUGGUCUUUGAUUUUUAUUAUUAUUACUUGUAAAGAAAAAUACAAUAAUUAUUUUAACAUGUAAGUAGCAUUAAGAUAUAAUUUUUAUUUAACUUUAAUGCAUGUUUCAGGUAAGAACUUUUUUUUUGUAAAGAAGAACCACAUUUUCCACUUAAGAGUUUUUUUAUUCAUGUUGCAAUAUUUAUUGUCAAAUUUUUCAUUAUUGCCAAAAUUAAAUCAUAACAGCCUGAUGAGGAAAAUUCCUCUUAGAAAAA